GCGAUGAGAGCCGCACCGGACACACAGGACAAGAAGAAGAAGCAACUCCGCCACAAGCUGAUUAGAGCACCCAGCAGACACAGGUGGUGGUCGGUAGUAUCUCAUCGAAGAACUGUAAACAGAACAAACCAUGAAGAACGAAGGUAUAGAGGGCACGGAGAGGUUCCUGAGCCCGGACAAAGGCAGAGGCCUGCGGGCAGUGAGGCACUUCGCGGUGGGGGAGCUGGUGUUCGCUUGCCCUGCCUACUCCUACGUGUUGACAGUGAAUGAGAGAGGAGCGCACUGUGAGCACUGCUUCACCAGGAGAGAAGACCUUUUUAAAUGUGGUAAAUGCAAGCAAGCCUAUUACUGCAAUGUCGACUGUCAGAGAGGUGAUUGGCCCAUGCACAAGCUGGAGUGUGUAGCUAUGUGUGCUUAUGGCGAAAACUGGUGUCCGUCAGAGACGGUCAGACUGGUCGCCAGAAUUAUCAUGAAACAGAGAGUCACAACAGAGCGAACCCCUUCAGAAAGGCUGCUACUGCUCAAAGAGUUUGAAGCCCAUUUAGAUAAGAUGGACAGUGAGAAGGAGGAGAUGAACCAUGCAGACAUAGCAGCACUCCACCACUUUUACUCCAGACACAUCAGUGACCUCCCCAACAAACAGGCUCUCACUGAGCUCUUUGCACAGGUUAACUGUAAUGGUUUUACCAUAGAGGAUGAAGAGCUCUCCCAUCUGGGAUCAGCUGUUUUUCCAGAUGUAGCGCUGAUGAAUCACAGCUGUAGUCCUAACGUCAUAGUGACUUAUAAAGGCACAGUGGCUGAAGUCAGAGCUGUUCAAGAGAUAAACCCUGGAGAUGAGAUCUUUAACAGCUACAUAGACCUCCUCUAUCCAACAGAGGACCGGAAAGAGAGGUUGUUAGAUUCCUACUUCUUCACAUGCCAGUGUACUGAGUGCACCUCCAAGUCCAAGGAUAAAGACAAAAUGGAGAUCAGGAAACUGAGUUCUUCACCAGAGCCAGAGGAAAUCCGAUCCAUGGUCCGUUAUGCCAAAAAUGUAAUCGAGGAGUUCAGGAGAGCCAAACACUACAAGACCCCCAGCGAGCUGCUGGAGAUGUGCGAGCUUAGCCUGGAGAAGAUGGGAGCUAUAUUUGCAGACACCAACGUCUACAUGCUACACAUGAUGUAUCAGGCCAUGGGCGUCUGUCUGUACAUGCAAGACUGGGAUGGAGCUAUGAGCUACGGAGAGAAGAUCGUUCAACCGUACAGUGUUCACUACCCGGCCUACUCUCUGAAUGUGGCCUCUAUGUACCUGAAACUGGGACGUCUGUAUUUGGGGCUGGAGAAGAAGACACAGGGAGUGAAAGCUCUGAAGAAGGCACUUGCCAUCAUGGAGGUGGCUCAUGGGAAAGAUCACCAUUAUGUAGCAGAAGUCAAACGAGAAAUCGAGGAGCAGAAGUAAACGAGGUGCAGCAGGAGCAGCCAAAUGAUUAAAGAGAGUGGCACUGGACUGAGGAAACCCCCUUAAAGCAGAAAAACUCAUAUCAUGCCUGCAUGCCAUGCAUCUGUUUUCCAUCACCCACUCCAUUCUUUUUCAUCCCUCCAUACAGGCAGGGUUUCUUUUUUCAUGACUACCACCAACAUCAACAUAUUCUGGCUGAGGAUGACCAUGUUUUAUAUUUGCAGCUAUUUCAGUUAGAAACUGACAAGUUGGGUUUAAAAUUUUCGCAAUGAAAAAAGAGUGAAAUACUCACAGUUCUAACCUUGAACCUCCUUUGAAAAUGUUUUCUAUGUACUGAAGCUCAUUACACCCACUCAAUGAGCUCACAGCAUUGGAAAAUAUAAACAUGCAUGUCAAAAGAAACAAAUCAGUUUUCCUUUCUACUUUGAUGUCUGAAAUCAUUCAGUGUCCUGUAGACCCAUCAACAGACCACCAUUCCACCUCUAUCUAUGUCUUUGGCAGCAGUUUAGCUGCACAGCUUUGCUCCAGAGCAGUGGUUCAAUGAUUUGGACUUCUGUACAAACUGGUGAGUAGGUAUGAUGGAGGGCAUUUCGACUUAUACACAGCCAAUGCAUUUUAAUUCUAUAGCAUAUUAGGCAACAGAGUUUCUGGCAUGAUUGAUUCUUGUUUAUACUGUGAAAAAAAUAUGCGUGACCAUGCAUCUGGUGCUCUGUAGCAACAGAGAAGAGAAUGCAAAGUACUAUUCCUGAAUGAAUAAUCAGUGUUUUGAUUGGCUUGUCUUACAAUUUGUUUUGCUUGUUUUAAAGAUCCAGAAAAGUGUUGCAUGUUUUAA